AUGAAGCCCGCAAGCGUCCUCAUCCCCCUCCUAACCACCUCCACCACCCUCGCCGCUCGCACCCUGCCCCCCUCCUGGUCUUUCACCAUAACCUCCCUCCUCGGCCCCGGCUGCCCCGACACAGACAAAACGCCAUCUCCGGGUGGUACAGUCACACGUCCAACCUUUGGUUCCAACACGGUCGACGGCACCGAGAUCUACUACUGGUUCAUCGCCUACCCAUGGAUGCGCGUUGACCUCCAACAAGGCCCGCGACAUACAUGGUGCGAAGCGACGUUGGCAUAUAAGGAGUACAGCGAUGCGGGUAACACGGUGGAAGGAGAGGCAUACAGGUUGAGGCUGCAUAAGAAUGGGACGAGGGGCCUGGCGACGUAUGAGUUGGAGGAGGGGGUGAUGUCGUAUUGGGAUUUUGCGUAUUAUGAGGGUGAGGGGCGAGGGAAGAAGGAGAUUGCUGAUACUAUUACACUCAAUGGUCCUACGCAAUCUGGACAGUACGCCCAGCCGCUUUACUCGAAUAUCAGUUAUCCGCCUGAAUUCAUCCCGCAGUCAAAGUGUGGAAGUAGUACGUUUACUUUUCGCACGGAGAUGUUUGUGCAGGGUGAGGCGGGGAAAAAGGGCGUGCUGGAUAGCGAGAAGACUACUAGUGAGGAGUUGGGUGUGCAGUAUUAUGGUGCACAGCAGGGGUUCAGCUAUGACUGGGAGAAGUGCUGA